AGUUUGUAUUGACAUUUCAGACUUUAAAAUCAACUUCACUAUAAACGAAGGGAGCGUCCUUGAUUACAAGAACAGUGAUGUGAAAUGUGAGACAGAUUCCCUUUCCUGCCUGUUAACAUGCACACCCAGCAACGAGACGUGGUUCAAUGAAUCGUCUGUCUCCUCCUGUUUGGAGGCUUCUGUGUGGGAUAAAGCUCCCGGCGUAACAGUGUAUACCCUACCCUAUAGUACGUGCUAUCGAUACAUUUGCAAUCGAUCUGCCAUCUUGCCAUUGAUACAAGAUUUGGAAUGUACCAGCUGUGGCCCGGAAGAAAUAAUGAAACUGUUCUACAUCAGAAAAUCAUGUCCAGAACUCCUGUAUACUGACUUUGAAAUUAAGAAGAAUUUUCUAAAAGUUGAAAAACAAAUAAUUCACAACAUUAUCAAAAUGUCCACGUUUGAGGAAGGAAACGUUGCGAGUCACAGUCUGAGGGAUUUGUCAAUAAAGGUGGUCAAGAUAGACGAUGAUGCUUUCAGCUCUACAGGAUCCAACGUCCAAAUCGAGAUGGAAGCUCCUCAGCUGCUGCCCCAAAACAAGUCAGUCAUCCCUGAGGUUUGGCUCCCUGUGAAUGCCAUACGGAACAUCCCACAAGAGGAAAGGAUCAUUGGACUGGUCAGCUACAUGCAGCACCGCCAUCUCCUGUUUGACGGGGAAAAUAUCCAAUCGAUAGUUCUGAGGAUAGAGCUACUUGGAGAGAGACGCCUACAGAAUCUGAAGCCGCCGAUAACGAUGCGUUUUAGUGCUGCUCACAUGGACAACGGCAAUCAAACACAAUUGACGUGUCACUAUUUUGAUGAAUAUGAAUGGGCCUGGAAAAAAGAUGGAUGUGAGACCCAAAAUGAACAAAAUGAUAUUGUCUGCAACUGCAACCAUACGACAGCCUUCGCUGUUCUUCUGAUUAGAGCACCAAUUUCAGAGGCCCACUGGAAAAUAUUGUCAUACAUCAGUUAUAUAGGCUGUGGACUAUCAGCAUUCUUUAGUGCUUUAUCCAUUAUAAUGUAUGUAUAUACCAGGAAGCACAAAAUGGACUACUCCAUAGCUAUUCACACCUCUCUGAGCGGGGCCUUGUUACUGCUCAACACAGCUUUCUUGCUGAGUGAAUGGGCGGCCACAGUAACGCCCGAGUGGGUGUGUGAGUGUGUAGCGGCACUCAUGCAUUACUCCCUGCUCUGCUGUUUCACCUGGAUGGCCAUAGAGGCCAUUCACCUCUAUGUGCUGCUGAUAAAGGUGUUUAACACCUACUACAAAUACUACCUGCUGAAACUGUCUAUUGCCGGAUGGGGGAUCCCUGGUCUUAUUGUAGCUACCUCUUUGGGAAUGAAAGACUUCAAGCAGUUUUACGGUGUUAACCAGGUGUCCAUGUCUGAUAGCAACCAAACAGCCCAAAUCUGCUGGAUCACAGAUGACGCAUUCUUCUAUUCAGUAAACCUGUCAUAUUUUGCAAUCAUUUUUAUCUUCAACUCUUGCAUUUUGAUGGCAGUGGCUUCCAAAAUCUGUCAAAUGAAGCAUGUGUUAAAGAAUUACUCAAAGUUUAAAAAUGGAAAUGGGGAUCCGGACCGCUUCAGUGCAUCGUGCAAAAGUGGCCUCACUUUGCUGGGUCUCACUUGCCUGAUGGGCACCACCUGGGGCCUGGCCUUCCUGGGAUCUGGAUAUGUCAACUACCCAAUCCUUUACCUUUUCUGCAUCCUCAACUCCCUACAGGGAUUUCUCAUAUUCCUGUGGAUUCUCAUUUCAACCAAGAAACAAAGGAAGUUGGAGAUGGAGGACAAACUGUCCUCAACUCCUGGGAGGACAUCAGGAACUAAAUCAGAAUAGAUAAUCUUUCCUUCCGAUCCUUCUGAAUGUACCCGGGAUGCCAACAAAGCCCUCUGUAGCAUUUCAACAUGGUUAAUGAAAUAGCUUUUUAACAUACCAAUCUGCAGUUUGAUUUUAAUCUAUUAAAUGUAGAAUAUUGUACUUUGCACUUCGCUGUAUAUUCACCAACUUAUCAAAAUCCAAAUGAAAUGUAUAACUUAAAUUCUAUCAUCAGAAAUAUUUUAGCGUAGUAUUUGCUCUACAAGGCGUUAAUUUUGAGCGGCUUGAUUGCUAAAGGAAUGAAAAUAAUGUUCCGCUGAAAUCAAACAACUGUGACUUUAUAAGUACAUGAUUAUCAUUAGCCAUCAGCUAUAGACAUCCAGCACUGCAUCCUACCCUAGUUCAGAGGCCCCUCUUACAAGACAAACCAACCUGGCAGCAAUUCAUAUGAUAUGAAGACGUAUGUACACAAAUGAAAUAUUCGGACAUCCUUGGUUUUAAAUCUUUAAAAAGAGAAGUCAAAGCUUCUAGGAACAGCCCUUAUCUUACCCUUGGUACUCUCAACAUUCUUGUGUAAGUUUCAAACCAGGAAACUGUAGCUAUGCCAAAACAAUAAUAAUAA